AUGGGUGGGUGGCUUCGUGUGGGUGGCUCCAAACGAUUCGCGGACAGUUCGGGUGUGAUGCGCACCCUGGAAUUCCCCGCACGGUCUGUCAGUGUUGCGUACGCCUCGAUCCACUCGGGUUACACGUACACGGUUAGCGAUUUGGAACCGAACAGUGUGUACGACGUGCAACUGAGCGCCUACUACGAGAUGACGCUGGACAUGGAAAGCAAUUGGGAGACCACAAGUUGUUAUACACAAAUGCAAAAAGUUCACCCAAUCAGCCAUGAUGAUGCACGGCUUCUGAAUCUCCUGGUUGAUAUGCUCCUCCAAACUUGA